UCACCAUCACCAUCUUCUUCUUGUUCUUCUUCUCUUCCUCUCUCUUUAACUUCUGCUCUGCUUCACCUACUAGACUCGCAAUUUGCAUACUUCCCGGAUCUCCUUCGCGUCAUUCCUUGCGGCUGAGAUGCCUCCACGACUGCUUUCCCCGCGCUUCCUCAAGGCGCGUGCCCUUCAGGGCCUCCAGGGACAGACCAGCUGCGCUGCCGAUUUCCCCCGUGUCGCACCCUUUCACACGACGACAUCCCGCCGUAACAUUGAAUUAUGGGAGGAAGCCUCUCGGCCUGACGUCGUCAAGUGUAAAUACCAUGACAAGUACUACACCUUGCCAGCCCUUUGGCUCCGCGACAACUGUCCCCAGAGCAGAAGCCCCUCCUCGGGAAACAAGAGCUUCGCCACGGCCGAAAUCCCACCCGACCUCCGAAUCAAGUCGGUCCGGAAAACCAGCGACGGGAACUGGCAAUUCGAGUGGCGCAACGACAUCCCCCGCUUCGCAGAGCGGGGCCACGUCUCCGUCUUCACGCCACAACAGCUUGAGGAACUCGUCUCUCGGCCGAGCGCCGGUCGCGCCGGUUAUCUAAUGCAAGACGUCCGACGUCAGCUGCCGCGUGAAGUAGCCCCUCCGAUUUUCUGGGACAAGCGCAUCCUACUCAACCGGCGUCUCCGCGAGAUCGACUACAAGGACUGGAUGCAACGAGGCGACGAAUUCCACCGCGCCGUGCUCGAGCUGGCCCUCACCGGCCUCGUCUUCAUCCAGAACGUGCCCCAGACAAAGCAAGCCGUCGUGGACAUGGGCCUGCAGUUCGGCGCCCUCCAGGAGACCUUCUACGGGCGCACCUGGGACGUGGUGUCGAAGCCGCAGGCCGAGAACGUGGCCUACACGAGCGAGUACCUCGGCCUGCACUCCGACAUGCUCUACCUCCCGCAGCCGCCCAAGCUGCAGUUCCUUCACUGCCUCGAGAACGACGCCACGGGCGGCGAAUCCCUCUUCAGCGACGCCUGGCGCGCCGCCUACGAAUUCGUCCACUUCCGCCCCGCCGACGCCCACCCGCUCGCCUGGCACUCGAUCGGCUUCCACUACGACGCCAACGGCUUCUCCUACUACCAGUACCGCCCCGUGCUGACCUUCGACUCCCCGCGGCGCGCGCUGCGCGGCCACCCCUCCGAAUUCGCCGGCCGCUCCUCCAGCCCCGCGAACCUCGGCGACCUCACCUCGGUGUCCUGGUCGCCUCCCUUCCAGAUGCCCUUCGCCGCGCCCGACUCCCCGUCCGCCGACCGCGCGUUCCGCCGCUGGCACGCAUCCGCCGCCAAGUUCCAGGCGCUCCUCGAGGACGAGCGGAACAUGGUCCGCCGCCGCCUGCGGCCCGGCGAGUGCGUCGUCUUCGAUAACCGCCGCGUGCUGCACGGCCGGACCGCCUUCGAUCCGGCGUCCGGCCGCCGCCACCUGCACGGCGCCUACGUCGCGAUGGAGGACUGGAACAGCACCUUCCACCGCGUGCCCACCCAUAUUCUCGACGAGACCAGGGAGCUGCCUGAGCCGGCGCCGAGGUCGAGGACACAGCUUGCUGAGUAUCUGAUCGCACGGAUGGGGGAGAACGCAGUAGGGAAGAAUGGGAAGCCGACAAAACCCUCAUCGGUGAGUUGACCUAAUGUGAAGAGAGGAGUGCGGUUGUAGAAAAGAUUUGUGGGAGAAGAGAACACCGAACUGUAGAGUAAGAUGAUAUUUGGUGACUACGUAGACCCUUUUGCGAUGCAUCGAGAGCAAGUUUACCUAUCUAUGCGUCUGGUGAACUGGAUAGACCUAUGGCACCUUCCCCAGAGACGACGUCUCCUUUCGGUACUAAGGAAAUGCAUCCUGAUUCCCCCUAUUAUUUUUUCCAUCCCCUCCUUUGCGUCCCAAUGGGGAUACUGCGUCAUGCAGGCACUGAACGGAGCCCAAUGCAACAGACAAAAAGGAAGCAAGCCCAUGUGGUAUGUAAACCAUGCAAAACCACGCCAACGCCAGAGACAAGAUCACCAGAAAAAAAUGAAAAAAAUCCU